CACGGCGGGACCUCCGAGCCAUGGCCCCGCCGCUCCUGCUGCCGCUGCUGCCGCUCCUGCUGCUGCUGCUGCCGGCCCGCGGCUCCACGGCCGGGCUGGAGGAGAAGCUGCCGCACGUCGAGAGGUACGAGACGGUGCUGCCUCGGGAGCUGCCGGUGCCCCGGGGGAAGAGGGACCUCUCUGCGCCUCCGAGCACCUACCCAAGCCACGUCCUCUACGGCGUCCAUGCCGAAGGCAGGGAAUACCUUCUGUGGCUGGAGAAGAACAGGGCGCUGCUGGGGCAGCACUACACCGAGACUCACUACUCGGCCGACGGCUCGGAGAUCACGGAGCAGCCGGACACCCAGGAUCACUGCUUCUACCAGGGCCACGUGCGGGGACAGCCCGACUCGGCAGCGAGCAUCAGCACCUGCGGCGGGCUCAGUGGGUUUUUCCGGGUGAAUGAGACCACCUUCCUGCUGGAGCCGCUGGAGGGGGCAGUGGCCGGCCGGCACGCAGUGUACCGAGCAGCUCACCUGCGGGGGAAACGCGGCACCUGCCGGGAGCCCGGGGCCACCCUGGAGUACGACCGCGAGCCCAAAAUCCCUGCAGCCAUGAAGCUCUACCGCUGGAAAUCAGGUCCGGUACAAAAAGGUCCCCGGUACGUGGAGCUGGUCCUGGUCGCAGACAACCAGGAGUUCAGGAAGCACAAGGACCUCCGCACCGUGCAGAACCGCAUGAAGGAAAUCGUGAACCACGUGGACAAGCUCUACCAGCCCCUUCGCCUGCGGGUGGCCCUGAUUGGCCUGGAGGUGUGGAACCACAGGGACAAAAUCACAGUCAGCCCCAACCCCGAGGUGACACUGGACAACUUCCUGCACUGGCGGGAGUCGGAGCUGUUGCGGAAGAAGCCCCACGACAAUGCCCAGCUGAUCACGGGUGUCGACUUCCACGGCAACACCGUGGGGCUGGCCAAGAAGCUGGUGAUGUGCACCAGGGACUCGGGCGGCGUCAACCAGGAUCACAGCACGAACCCCAUCGGCGCCGCGUCCACCAUGGCACACGAGAUGGGGCACAACCUGGGCAUGUCCCACGACGAAGACGUCGCCGGCUGCCGCUGCCCUGUGCCCAAAGCUGACGGGGGCUGUGUCAUGGCAGGGAGCGUUGGGCUGGUUUACCCCAAGCUCUUCAGCCGGUGCAGCGAGCAGGACAUGUGGCAGUUCCUGGGGGACCCCCGGACCAGCUGCCUGCUGAACGCGCCGCGGGCGGACGAGCUGUACGGGGGGCCCGUGUGCGGGAACCAGUUUGUGGAGCGGGGAGAGCAGUGCGACUGUGGCACACCCGAGGAGUGCUCGGACCGCUGCUGCAAUGCCACCACGUGCCAGCUGAGAGAGGGAGCCGAGUGUGCCCGAGGGGAAUGCUGCCAGGACUGCAAGGUGAAGGCUGCAGGUGCGCUCUGCCGGGCCAGCAAGAACGACUGCGACCUUGCCGAGCACUGCAGCGGCCUCAGCGCCGAGUGCCCCGAGGAUGUGUUCCAGGAGAACGGCAUCUCCUGCCAGCACGGCAGUGGCUACUGCUACAACGGGGCCUGCCCUUCGCACGGCGAGCAGUGCCGGGCGCUCUGGGGCGCAGAGGCGCAGGUGGCUCCUGACGUCUGCUUCAAGCACAACAGCGAGCAGCACGUUCACCUGCACUGCCUCACCGAGUACGGCAAGCAGCCCUGCAGCCCCAAGGAUGUCAAGUGCGGCACGCUGCUGUGCCUGAGCGACAACACCCAGCCCAUCCUCGGCAGCGGCUACUACUCCUUCGGCUACUACUUCGGCCGCUUCAAGUGCAAGGCGGUGAUCGCGGGCAGCGACGCCGGCGAGGCGGCCGAGCUGCGGCUGGUGCCCACCGGCGCCAAGUGCGGCGAGGAGAUGGUCUGCUACGCCGGGCGCUGCCAGAACCUCCUGGUCUACGGCGACAAGAACUGCUCGGCCAAGUGCAACAACCACGGGGUGUGCAACCACCGGCGGGAAUGUCACUGCGACCCCGGCUGGGCAGCGCCCUACUGCGAGCAGGAGAUCUCAGGGAUAGCCACAGGCAGCGGCAGCGUGGUGCUGGCGGCCGGGCUGGCCGUGCUGGCCCUGGCCGGCGUCGGGCUGGGCAGCGGCGUGGUGCUCCUCAGAGCCAGGGUGGCGCGGCGCUCCCACAAAGGGAGCUCCAGCGGGACUCCCUCCGGCCUCGCCAACCCGCUGUUCCAGGAGGGCGGCCGGGCGCGGCCGGGCCGCCGCCAGCUGUCCCUCAGGGACAUCGGCCAGCCCAGCCUGGUCAGCAGCACGGCGGCCCGGGCCCACAGCCCUGUGCUGGCCCCGCAGCCAGCGGCACCCGGCCCGCAGGGGCCACCUCGGUGCCCUCCGGCAUGGCCCCCACAGGCGAAGCCGAAGCCGCCCAGCAAACCUCUCCCAGCGCUGAAGAGCAAAGGGCCGAGCUACGGCGAGGGGCCGCCGGCACCGUCCCUCCCACCGACCCCCUUUCAGCGGUGUCCCCCGCCAAAGGUGGCCCUGAAGCCGCCCCCAGCCAGGAGGUGACCAAGGAUGCUCCAUCCGCCACCGCGGCCGGCCGAGGAGCGGCACAGCUGGGCGGGUGGCACAGCUGGGGGAGCCAUCGUCUCACUUCUACCCUUACUUGAAUUGCCGGCCGGAUCCUCAAAGCCCGCCCGGGGUGGGCACCAGUGUUUACAGAUCCUCGAGUUGUGCCUUAAUGGACUUGGCAGCUUCCCAAGGAAACGCAGAGUGGGGACAAUGUCAGCUCCGGUUUGGAAGACCAACCCACGUUGGUCCAGGCUCUCCUGCACCCUGGGAGCUGCUGCCUUCUCUCCCGACGUCCUGAAUGUGUCCUGUCCUCCUGCCCUUCCUGGCCAGGGCUGCAGAGAGGAGCUCCUGGCAUCACGGGGCAGGAAGAGCACUGCGCCGUGGGGACCAUGCCCCAGGAACACCACCCUGGCUGGGGACAUCACAGGGGGGAUGUCACCAAGGGCCGUGGCGGGUCCAAGCUGGGCCUGGCCUCCCCACGGGGCUUUUAUCUCUGGAGUUACUCCUUGAGUGUUCAAAAGGGAAUUCCCUGGGAGCCUUUUUACUGCAGCCAUUUAUUUAUGACACUUAUGUGACCAUUUUGAGCCACUUGCUGUAAAACCAGGGCUCCCAUUUUUGAUAUAAUUUAGGUUCAAGGCUUUUAUACCAAUAAAGACAGAAGG